AUGGAUACUAUAAUUAAUGGUAUUAUAAUAUCAAGCUAUGAAGAUUCAGUUAAAGAGAGAUUGAUUACAACUGUAUUGUCAAAGAUAACAAUUGCAACUGACUUGAAAUCAUUGGUUAUCAGCUUGAUAGAUAAUAAUAUAUUGCAAUAUGAUAAUGAUUUAAAUAAAUGUAGAUGGUCACUAUUCAUUGUUAAUCAUUGCUUAAACAACAGUAAUAAUAAUAAUAAUAGCAAUAGUAAUAGUAAUAAUGAAAUUAUAAAUCAUUUAUAUAUGGAUAUGGAGAGAUUUGAAUUGUUCUUUGCAUUGAUACUAUCGGAUCAUCAAACUAUUACGACAUACCUAUUGGAACAAAUAACUAUUCUACUGAGACAUGUGAUGCUAUCAUCGUAUCAUACAUCAGAUAAUCAAUUCAAUUUAGAUAUACUAAAGAGUUAUCUACAAACUGUAUUCAUAACAUUUGAAUCGAAAUUAUCUUUAUCUAUAUUAAGAUCGCUGCUGGCUAUGUUGAGCUGCUUGACCGAACAAGCCAGAGAUGCAACCGGUGCAUCGACACAAUCGAUCGUUGUGUCGUCGUCGCUCGCCGACAUUCUCAAUCACUCGCCGGUUGAUCUGAUAGUGCUGUACGUGCCGCUGCUGAUUGAGAACAAGAGCAUCUCUGACCAGCAUCUCUAUCUUAUCAUUCGGUCGUUGAUAACACUGCCGGUGACACCUACCAACUCUGCUUGGAUACUGGAGACACUGAACACCAUGAAAACGGUAAAGAAGAACCGACUGCUCGUAUCGCUCACCAUCGAAUGUUCACCGAUCCUCUUGAAACAGAUGUUUCAAGGUCCGCUACUGCUCGAGAGUGCCUACGACGUCAUGGAGAACAUGCUUCUCGGCUACCAACACUCACCAGAUGCGUUUCACCAGAUAACUUCAUUGCUUCCUGCCAUUAUCGAAUUCAUUCUAUUACUAAUUGAAAAGAAGAAGAAAUUGGUAUUACAACAUCAGCAACAACAACAGCAGCAGCAGCAGCAAGUUUUUAAUGUUACACCUCCUCAAAGUAGUAGUAAGAUUAUAAACUUUAAAGUUCAUAAGGUUGUGAAGGAUUUGACUGCUAUGAAUGAUAGGAAACAAUUGUUAUUGUAUGCAGUGAAGAAUUGUAAUGAUAGCUAUUCAAAUUGGUGGUUGUUGAUGGAGAGUCAUGAUAGGCUACAAUCACUGUUGACAAGAGUUACAAAGAUGUCUUGGAUUCUUAUGAAUCAUUACUCUGGCUAUCCAGAGCUGUACUCACCGUUGACCGAUAGACUACAACGGUUGGGACAGCCAUACAACCAGCCACCAAAAGAAUUCGAAUGCAAAAUGAUACUGAAAACCAACGAGUGGAAAGGAAUGCAAUCGAUGCACUACGAGAAUACCAAACUAGGUAGAACAUUGAGUGAUCGAUCCGGUCUCUACAAUCUUGGAAACACUUGUUUUAUGAAUUCAUUCUUACAAUCCUUAUAUAUGACAAUACCAUUUAGAGAUUACUUUCUAAGUGAAAUGGAUUCACCUAAUUUGACACAGGAAUCAAUUGAUUUGGUUAUGAAAAGAGGAAACAUGGUUAAACAACUUCAAUUGCUGUUUGGAUAUCUCAGGUAUUCAGUUAGAUCGGCAUUCUCACCUUCGAAAUUCCUCUCGACUCUUUCAUUUGAAUAUCAAACGGGUGAACAACACGAUACUUAUGAAUUUGGAAAGUAUCUUCUCGACUCACUAGAUUCAAUGCUAAAGUUUGAAAUGAAAUCAAAUCACUAUCUACAACAAAAACAUAAUAUAUCAACAACAACAACAACACAACAACCUGAAUCAAAAGGAGAAUCAACAACAAGUACAACUACAAUUGCAACUACAUCAACAACUGCAAAUGCAACAACUAUUAAUAACAAUACAACUACAGUUGUAACGGAUAUGUUUGGUGGAAAGAUUGAACAAUCCAUUAAAUGUUUGAAAUGUAAUAAUGAAUCGAUAUCAAAGGAAGAGUUGUUUGAGUUGUCAUUGGCAUUUCCACCGGAACAACAACAACAGAAUCAAACGACCAUCAAUGAUUGCGUAGAGUUGGACCAAUUGAUUCGAUAUUUCUUCUCAGUUGAACUACUCAAUGCCAACAACCGUUAUCAUUGCUCAAAGUGUGAGUCACUCCAAGAUGCAGAGAGGAAACUUCAGAUAUCCGGAUCACCACCCAAACACCUAAUACUUUCACUCAAGAGAUUUGCCUAUAACAUACAAUCGAAAUCAAUCUCUAAAAUUUUCACAAUCGUUGACUAUCCAGAAACAUUACAUAUUCCCUCGGAUUAUGUUAAUUUAGCAACAAAUACAAACGCAAAUACAAAUGACAAUACUCAACAAAAACAACAACAACAAGAAUUUAAAUAUCAAUUAUAUGCAAUAAUAUUUCAUUCGGGUACAAGUGUGAAUUACGGUCAUUAUUUUACCUAUGCAAAACCGAGUCUUUCUAGUGAAGAUGAUUGGUGUUUGCUUAAUGACAGUAAUGUACAGUUGAUUGAUUUGAAAUCAAUUAAAGAUGUUCCAAAGAAAUUCCAGAAAGAUACACCUUAUAUUUUGUUUUAUAGAUUAGCCGAAGCAACGAAAAACAACAGCAAUAACAACAAUGAAAAUAUGAACUUUGAAAAACCAACAGUUACCCCCGCAGACAUACAAGAAACAACUCAGCAACAAACCGAGACACAAACAACAACAACCAACAUACCAAAACCAUUGCAUGAUGAAGAGAUGAAUGUUGCACCAUGGAUUGCAAGUGAGGUGAAAAGAGAUAAUAAGAGUUUAUCUGAAUCAUCAUCUUCAACUAAAGCAACAUCAGUCUUGGAAUCAAUAAAAUAA